CUGGAACCCUGAGCUGUUUCUUCUUUUCGUUUUCGCUUUUGUUCAACCCUUUACCGGUGGAAUGAGACAGGAAUUUUGAGGCCGUUCCUCUGAGAACCGUGGGACGGGAAAAGACGAUUUUUCUCCGCGUCGAGUCCCUCGAGAGCCCUUGUCUUCCGUGUCGAUUGCCAUCUCCCUCUUCAUGCAGAAGUUUCCAUCUCUCUGUUCUUCCCUUCUUUAACUCAUCUGCCCUCUUGUUUUGCUCCUCGUUUAACAACGUGCCAAUACACCUGUCGUGUCCUUUGCCAACCUAACCCACCAUGUGGUCCGGCUUUUUUCCGAGACUCUCCUGUCACCACAUUUCGUUGUCGUUCUCACUUCCGUCACACUUACCCGUCGAUUCUGACGUUAUUUUUUCUCUGUGUGUUCCAUUUAGUUCCUUCCGUUUGCGUUCCUUGUUCGUGCCCGUCCUUUUCCUCCCGUGCUCCCGCCGUCCCGUCGCGUCUCUCAGGUUGCUCGCGAGCUGUUCGUGAGCCUAGUUUCGAGUGUCUGGACACUGGAGAAAUCGAGCCCACGAAUGUAGGAAAGGAAUUUUGUUCCGUACCGCACUCGUUUCAGUGUUGUGUGUCAUCGUGGUGAAUUGCAUUUCUGCAGCCUCCGUUCGUCGCGACGUUCAAAAACUCGAGGAAACGCGCGAAUUGUCUUCAUGCACGGCGGCAACUAAGCCACGUGCUCGGUAGCAUGUCGUCGUGGUUUGGGGAACAGCUUCACCCGUGAUUCUGUGCGCUUUUCGCAGUUUCCAGCAGGGGAAUAGCCGUUACACCGGGCAUUCCCAACCACCUUGAGUGCAGCCCCUGGGCUGAACUCUCAUCUGAGAGCAGCACUGCGACUGUCGUCCACCGUUUCGUUCACUUGUGGGUGCAGCGACCCAAACAGUGGCACGCUGCUUCGCCACAGGGUUUGGCGUCGGCUUCUUUCUCCCCGGUCCGGACAUUUUUGCAUGCAUGCACACCCGCUUGACGUGGGUCCUCUUCGCGUCUCUCGACACGAGCCACUGCCUUCGUGCAUCUGCCGUUUUUGAAGAAAUGGAGGUCUUAUCGACGACUCCAGCGUUUCUGCCGCCCCCCUGUUCUAUCGGUCUGGAUCAAUAGCGGGCUGGCCAACACUCCGUGUGACCUUUCUGUCCUUGGUCUAGCCUUUUUCUGAGAGUCCACAAAGCUUAAAGAAGGCGGGACUCCUGGCUUGCUCCACUGGUGUCUGCUGCCUACUUUCGUUCGUACGUGUCUGCGUCGCUGCCGUCUUCGUCGCGCGUUUGAGCGAAGAGGCCGAGUGCGGCUGAGGUUCCACGAGGCCUGCGACAACGCCGAGCCCACGACUGCGGACUCACAGGCGGCAAAAAGGGAGGAGCGCGUCUGUUCUCUUCUGGAUGAGGAGCAGAGAAACGGGAGGACCGCAGCGGGAGAAGAUCAGCAGGAAAACAACAAGGAUGUGGUUUUGGGGAUCCGCCGGCUUCGCCUCCGGCGCCUUCAAAGACGCUGUCAGCCACCAUGGAUCGUCCAAGCAGGACUUUUUCACGGAAGGACACCUUCAGGACCUGUUUGAUGCGCUGCAUGCAUUCGACACAAUCGACGAUCGGAACCGGGAUGCAGCCGUGGAGAUUUUGCGACAAAUCGCGGAGCUGCUGGUGUGGGGCGAGCGCCACAAGAACGAAGCCUUCUUUGACAUUUUCUGCGAACAGAACAUUCUCUCGUACUUCGUCGAUAUCGUCAGCCAGCCUCGCGUCGCCAAUGCAGUCAAAGUCCAGCUGCUUCAAACCCUCAGCAUUCUCGUUCAAAACACUCACCGAAAAACAGCUAUCUAUUACCUCUUUAGCAACAACUACAUAAACACUCUGCUUCGUACGCCGUACGACUUCAGCAAUGAGGAGUUGGUCGCAUGGUACGUAUCCUUCAUCAAGGGACUUUCCCUUCUGGUCAAUCACGACACCGUGAAGCUCUUCCUGAACAAACGAGCGCCGAGUUUUCCUGUCUUCAGCGAGGCAGUGAAAUUCUUCGUCCACAGAGACUCGAUGGUUCGCACACACGUCCGGACUGUCACGCUCAGCAUUUUCAAAAUUCGGGAGCCGGUCGUCGAAGAGUUUCUUGUUCGGCACUCCGCGUUUUUCUCGCACAUUGCAUGCUACUUGCGUGCACAGUGGGCUGAGCGUUGUAGGGGUCUUCGCGCUUGCCGCCGUCUCUCUCCUCGAUACCACGCGUCCACGACGACUUCAACUAGCUCUCGCUCCGCUGCGUCGGCCUCGCCCUGCGGCAGAGACACACCGGGAACUGCGGCCUGUGUCGCUGCGCUCAAGAGUGGCUUUUCAGAAUGCGAAGAAUUCCUAUUUUACAUUCAAGACAUCUUCGGCAUCGGCGUCGAGGCAUACAAUACCCUUCUCGUGGAAAGACUUCUGCUCUACACCUACUUGCCGCUUCUUGUGGGGUGUCUCUGUCGAGGCGCGCCGCGGGAGACCACUGUCCGACGGUUCGCUUUUCCUGACGCCGAACCAACCUCAACUGUCUCUACACCGGGAGGGGGCGACUGGGGUCGCAGUGGGACACAGGGUCCUUCUUCGCUCGCGCGUCGUCUUACGCGUGACCCCCCAUCUUCUGCAUCUUCGAGUCGGAACUUUAGGCGUCGCUCCCGAGAAGUCCUUUCUUCUCCCAUGUCUGUUCCUCUUGGCUCUUUUCCGUCCUCUCAGCGGCCAAGCAUGCCGCCUUCUUCCUCAGCUCCUCUCUCUCAGACCCUCUCGCCUGCUACCUCUCGCUCUCGACCUCGAAGAAAAUAUCCUUGCCCUGCCCCCUCUCAGGCUUUCUCUCCUGCUUCGUUUUCUCCUUCUCAUUCGUCUUCUUAUUCUUCCUCUCCCUGUUCGCCUCUUUCCUCUUCCCCCUCUUCGUCUGCAGCGUCUCUUCCUUCUCUUCCGGCUUCCUCUGUGGCACCUUCUCUGUCUCCUUCUGCGUCGUUUCUGUCGAAGCGAGGGGAGAGGGGAGACAGGCGGUCCUCUCCGGACGCCCUGCGUCCGCGGCAUCGGUGGAGAAGCAAAAGCGUCGGCCGGCAAGCGACGCCUGCGGAUGCUGGCGAGUUUCUCUUGGCCUCGUCGAACAGAGGAAACGCAGGCGACCUCCUCUACACGCGAGGAGGUCGUGCUGUUCCGCGAGCACAGGCAGAGAGAGACCAGUCGUCGCCGCGGCGAGGAGAGGCGCGGGGAGAGACGGAGCCCUCUGAAGAAGAGAGCGACAAAGCAGAGGCGAGGAGAGGGGAACUAGGCAAGAAGGCGCAUGGGAGAAGGGGAAGACGACAUGACGCAGGCGAACAAGAGGGCGAGGGAGACGCGUCUCCCGAGAGGCGCGGCGUCGCCGACGUCCCCCCAAAAAGGAGACCGAGGAGACUCAGAGGCCCUGCAGAACUCGAAUUGGUCAUGACGCCUUUGACAGGACAGACGUCGAGACGAGGAACCGCCGAAGAAGACCCAACGACAGAAACUGAAGCCUCAAGGGAAGAGCCUGCGGAACGCGAAGCUGAAACACACGCGAAGAAGGGCAACGCGAGACGCCUUUCACGGUCAAGAGCGAAGACCGAGACUCCAGGCUUUGUUCAGAAACGUGACGCGAAGCCUGGCUCUGAGGAGGCUGUUGCAAGCGAACGGACGAGGCAUGUGGAGUGGAGGCGAAGGCGAGAGAGGGAGAGAGGAAGCUUGAGAGACAGCGGGAAGCGCGAGGCGCGGGGGGCCUCUGUGCCCGUCUCGUUUGCCUCGUGUGCCUCCACUGACGACGCAUGCGGAGGCCCCCAGACGGCAGACGACACUCCACAGGUCGUCGCCCUCUACCUCCUCAUUCAGUCUUUCACUACGAUCCAGCACCCAGACCUGCUUCGACCUGUGCUCGCGCUGCUGCUGCUUCCUCGCGUUCCGGAAUCGCUCCUUCGUCUCUGCGCCGCCCACUUGCCUCCGACCCCCGCGUCGUACGUCGCCUUGGAGAGUCCGGCCCAGUGCGCCGGGCGUGUUGAGUUGUUUCUCCCUGAUGAGUCCGCCGACGCGGCGGGAGCAGUCGAAGACGAGAAUGAGGCAGCGAGUCGCUGGCGCGGCUGCAAGCCGCCUCAGGGUGGCGGGGAGGCAGGGCGCGAACGGAGAAACUCCGCUGUGAUCAGGGCAGACGGAGAGAUGCCACAGGCGAGAGGCUUGAAGCGAGAGCUCGGAUCCGGAGCGUCGGCGACGACGACAGCCAACAGGCCCACAGGGCGAGCAGAAGGUGACCCGCUUCGGAGCCGGGAGCGGGAGACACUUGUGAACGGGCGAGAAGAGAAGGAAACAGAAGGUAAAAGAGAAGAGCGGAGAGACGAGGAAAACAACGAAGAGGGAGGAGAGAAGAACCUGACACCGACUUUGACAGAUGCAGAACACGAAGAAUUCGAAGGAUCAACUCUUUCUCGUUCCGCGUCCGCGUCGCGGCCGCCCCUGUUUGCGUCGUUUUCGUUUGAGCGAGGAGGCCGUUCGCCGGCUGAGAGAGCCUCCAAGGAAGCGGACAGCAGGCGACGUGGUGAUGCCCGGAAGCGCUUUUCACUCUCUACGGGGAGAACGAAAGAAGCUGUGUCUUCCUCGUUGCCUGCUAGAGCAAGCAAGUUCGAGAACGCAUUUGUCAAUGCUUCGACAGCCUCGAAAGCCUUUCGCUGCACGCGGGCCUCCUCGGGUGUCUCCACAACUGGGGGUGUCUCCACAACUGGGGGUGUCUCCGCGCCGGAGGCCAGUGGCGAGAAAGGGCGGACGAGAGACGGAGAGGAGACGUCUUUCCUCAAGAGACAUGACGGCCAUCGCGGCCUUCAGUGUGGAGGUUUCUGCUCUUCCGGAACCGAGCAAGAAGAAGGCGUCCUUUCCUUCCCCUCUGCAGCUCAGAGAGACUUCGGGACCUGCCCAUCACUCUCGGCGUCGGCCGUCCUCGCGACACGGCGUCCGCUGCUUCAGAAAGCUCAAAAAGAGAUUCAACGCGCGUUCGAGGAAAAUCUCUUCUUCUCUCUGUGCAGCGAAGACGUCUCGUCGCCGAUCUCAAGGUGCCAGUCGCGCUCCGAGAGCCAUGCUCGACAGACCGUCUCGGCCGUCUGGGGCGGUCUCGGAGAAGGUGCAGGAGACGGAGAAAGAGGUAGCGAAGGAUGUCGCGAAGGCGACAGCGAAGGGAGAGAGGAGCAACCGAGACGGUCAGGGCACUGGGCGUCGGAGAUGGGGGCGGAAGGAAGAAGACCGAGUUGGGGAUCCAGCCGAGACAGUUUCCCUGAAGAAGAUGAAGACACUGUGUGGGUGACGAAUCCGUAUCGGCGAGCACUUGAAUAUUUCGUUGGAGCAGAAGCCGCCUCUCGGAGACGACGCGACACUGCAGUUCUCCUCGGCGGCGCGUUGCUGCAUGCAGUGCUCUCCCACCCGACAGUCACUUCGGUUUUUCUGCAAAAUGCCGGACUUCUGCCUUCUCUGCGCCCGGCUCGCGGGCGACGCGCGCCGCGUUUCAGACGGUCUAUGUCCCCUGAGAGUUCUUAUGGGGACCGCGUACUUGCUUCGGCCUCUUGUGUGCCGCUGUCUGCGUUCGCGUCCGCCGCUUCUUCGUCCUUCACUGCUCCCUCUCCUCGACCGACUUCCUCGUCUUCCCUGACUUCUUCGAGCUCGGCACCUCCCUUCAGUACGCUGCAUGCGCGUCUCUCCUCUUUCGUGUCUCUCCCCUCGCGCGCGGAAAUGGAAACGGAGGAGAGAGAGUCGCCGCGAGGAGCCGACGCAGAUUCAGCAGGCAAAGGAACACCGACGGCGGAGGCGGGAGCUCUCGAGGAGAAGGGCAGACUGGAGGAUCCGAAAACGACAAAGAAGGAUGCAGAGGAGCCUCAGGCGGCGGGGCGAGAAGCAAGAGGGAACAAACAGAGAGAGGAGCGUCGGGAGGAAGAAGAUGCAUCUGAGUUGCAAGAGGAGGCGAGAACUCCUCGGGCGCAGGACUGGAGGAAGACAGCAGAAGGAAGUGAAGAAGAGGACGCAAAAGAGACCAGGUUGAGAGCCUGUGGAAAAUGCCGAGAUGACAGAAUGGACUCGCGACCGGGAAAUCAGUUCCGCAUUGCCUGCAGGUGGUCGCUUUUGAAGGCGCUUCUCGACGCCGUCCAGCAGAAUGCACACGAAACUUUCAUGAGGCCUGUCACAGUGACCUUGGUAUGUCGCGUAGCUAGCCUGUGUGUGUUGUCUGUGCUGGGGCGUUUGGGUGUCUCUUCGCUCUCGCCGGUCGUCUCCUCGACGCGCGUAUCGGGAAGUGGAAAAGUCGGCACAAGGAGAAAACGGUUCCUUCUUCUGCGCCUCCUCGAUGAGGGCCUUCGUCGCCUUUCCUGCAAAGUGAAAGAUCUCCGGAAAGCUGCAACAGCCUCCGUUCAGCUCGCUCUCAUGGACGCAGACACGCAUGCGCAUACAGACGGCGGAUUCGCCAACCCAGACAACAACCACUGCCCAGUGGCCCUCUUCUGGGAAGAAUGGGAGUCUGUGAAGAACGCGCCUCCCUUUGACAGUGGCGCUCUGAGUCGAGACGCGCGCAUGCUCCUCCCUGCUGCAGUAGCCGGCAUGUCCUCUCAAGGGGGCUCUGGCGCAAGGAGCGGAGAGACCGGCGAGCCAUUCCUCUGGCGCGAGCCGAUGAGCUCGCGAGAGUCGCAGCGGCGCGCGGUGCAUGAGUGGAGGGUAAUUCGGCAGCUGUGCAAAGAGGUGGAGAGAGUGGCAUCGAUUUAUCACCAGGUUCUGGGGUCUUCUUCUCUUUCGCCUUCGCCUCUGCGUCUCCAUCAUCUUGCGGAGGAAGCAAGCGCUGUGCUUCUUCCUCAGGCGACUAGCGAGGAACAGAAACUGUAUGCACGGCUGUCGAGGGAGAGAGAAAAGGAGCGAGAAGCAGACGCCUGUUCGGAGGCAUCUGAGGGCGACUCGAGUGUUUCGGGGGACGCCCAGAGAGAUCUCCAUCGUCGUGAAAGAGGAGAAGGCACAGCUGGACAGCCGAGAAGCGAGAGAGAAGAGGAAGAAGGAGACUGUGUCGGUGGGUGCUCGCAGGUGUGUGGGGGCGCUAGCGCCGGUGAGAAGAGAGAGGGAGGAGAACGAAAAGCCGCAGAGAAGAAGGGCAGCCGACAAAGAGACAGCCGAGAGGGAGAAGCCACAGGCGAGGCGUCGUGGGCUGGAGAUGGGAGUUCUUCUGCCUUCUCAGAAGGACUGGAUGAAAGCCGCCGAGCAAAGAUAUCCGAGACGAGAGAGAGUUAUGCGCUCUUGUUGAAAAAGGAGGAAGACAGCAAAGGCAACGCCUUCAGCGCCGCCGUCACUCCAGACCUCUCCGUGGGGAUAGCUGGGGUGCUGCAGAGCGAGGGCAGACAAGUCAGCGUGUGGCUCGAAGGGCGCAACUUCAUCCGGUGCUUCGUCGACACUCAAGAGGGCCUGGCGCCGCGCUACUUCCUGCAGAGCGAGACGCACCUGCUUCUUGUUUCCCCGUCGCCUGAGACGCCUGGCCGGGCUGAUGUUCGAAUGGCAUGUCCUCUUGCGCAAGUGGAGUCCCGAGUCGAUUCGACAGACACCUCGCGUCUGAGACUUCUCGUCGCUUCUUCAGCGACUCCCCCCGGAGACGCAGUGUGGAAACGAAGCUCCAACGCGGGAGACCAGCUGCCGGAACGGCGCCACUCUCGCUCUUCUUCUUUCUCGACUGACGGCCCUAUGCAGGCCUCGAAACAACAGCGUUCCGCUCUCAAAUCUCCCGCGCUCCAGGUCUCGUCUGCGGCCGGCGCGGUGGUCUGCCACUCCUCAGGCGCGCUCGCUGGAGACUCUUCUGCUCCGUCGAUUCCAGUUGCGACUCCUGCAGAGGGUCUCGGAGCUCGCAGCGACGGUCCGGGAUCUUCGUCUCUCUCCGUUCUUGUCGGCGGAAAGCAGUCUGGACUGUCUCGUCAAAUCGCGUCUUCGUCUCCGCCUUGGUUGUCCUGUUCGCCGUCUCCCAAGUCGGGUGGAACUUCGCGCGAGCCUUCUUCGUCUGCUCACUGGGAACUCCACUUGUCUUUCGAAGACACUCUCCGAUGCUGCAUCGUGGCGAAAUCGAUUCAAGAAGGCCGGAGUAAACUCCGGGCCGCCUUGCGGGUGUACAUUGACCGUUGUCUAGAAGACUCGAACGCGGACGACUCUCUCUUCUCUGCUCCUUUCGCUUUUCCGCCUCCUGUCUAUCACCUUCUCUCGUCUUCGCCGCGCGCGCGCUGCUCCAAGGCGGUUGUCUGUCGAGGCGCAGAGAAGAGCAGACCGAAAAGAUCGAGUGGAACGGAGACAGAAAAGGUCGAGUGAAAAGCGUCUCAGGCGUCGAAGCAGACCCGAGGCCCAACGCGACAGCGGAAGGGCAAACGCAUGCGUUUCGUUUCGUGCUCGGAAUUCUCCUGAAGCAGGCUUGUUAACGCUUUAACUUUGAUGUAGCAAUUUCGAAAACCUCCAAUUCCUCGUGUUUCUCUGGGGCGUCACGCGUCGCCGAGCAAAGAAAUUCUUCUCAGAACUCUACACCGGCAGUUCCCCUUGUGGAGAUAGAUGUUUUUUCGAAGCGCGGGAGUAUCUGGCGACCUCUCCCCACUGAUCGAUGACGCAUGCGCGCGCGCUUUACGAAAGGCCAGCAGCGGCACUGUGUUACGAGUCUUCCCCCGUAGGUAACACUCUCACGGUUCUUCGGUUUCGUUCGAGACAAAACCGACGAUGUCAGCUCAGCUUCCACGCUGCAAACGAUCUGAGAGACUCCGACACUGUCGUCCCCAGACGCUCAACACAAGCCGGAGAUUGAGGAGUGCAACUCACUGUGACCAGGGAGGGAAUCGCAACCAUUCCUCUACCAUGCGCAUGUAUAUAUA